GCUAGCUGACUGAGGCAGCCAUUUUGGGGAGGCUGUGGGCCGAAGAGCUCGUGUGUGCUUCAGUUAGCUGACCGAAAAAAACACAAAUAACGAACGGGACAAAGCUUGGCAGUCACGCUCUAAAAUAUGGGUCCACCGGGAGACAGACGACGCCAUUUGUUGACCGAAAGAACGGAGGACUUUAGCAUGAUUGUCGAUUUAUCUUGACAUGGCAUGCAGAAGCAGCGGGGCGAGUCGAGGGCUGUGACGACGAAAGAAAAGACAAGAAAGAAAACAAGCGAAAACCACUAAACUUCGGGCGAAGGGAGGGUUUAGUUUGUCUAUCUGGCGUUUGUUACGUUAUUCAGCGUGGUGGAUAAAGUUCGCUGCUGUUUCAUUUCUUGGCUGCAUUUAGUCGAUGAACUUGUAAGCGAAUGAUACGUAGCUAAAAUGCCGAGCGAUCGCGAAACCACUUAAAAACAGCAAACGCUGCAGGUCUGCUGACGAUUCGAGCACUGGCAGCCACAUUGGCCAAACCAGUAGGAUGUAAACACAUGGAAAGAUGACUGAACGCUAGUCCGUGGUCACAUGUAGGCCUAAAUCGAGCCAGUCAUUCAGAGGAUAAAAUGUAGCUAAAUCGUUGGAUCACUACUAGUUAGUGUUGGAAGUGUGAAAGCCUAAGGUUAGCCUGCUAGCUAGACUAGCUAGUGUGCUAAAAAUACGCCCACAUCAUGAUCAGCAGCAGUGACAGCAGCGCAGGCCGUGGGCCUCACGAGUGGCACUAAAAGUGGAGGAAAUGUCGAGUCACUUUCGCAGUUGUCUUCGAUGUUACCCGUUGCCAACGUCUGCUGGCAUCUGUAUUUACCUACCAUGUUCGUCUUUGUCCCCGAUCCGCAUAUAACCAACACGUAGUCCAGUCUCUGCAGAAAAAAACACAACGACAGCCAUGAAUGAGAGACUCUGAAAUGACCCAUACUAUCGAAUAGUCUGUUCACUCGUGUCUGUACUCAAAUUCACUAUCAAAAACCUGUGUGUACUUCCGACAUGGGCUUUUUAAUCUAACAGCUAUCUAUUGAUUUUGAUGCAUUUUCAGUCGAGGGGUUUAAGUCAAAUUUAAGUUGCUGUUUUUGCUUAAACAAACUUGUUGAUGGCAGGCUGAACAAAAGUUUCUAUGGCGUAAAAUCACGUCUUAAAACAGAUUUCUGAUCAAUAUUUAGGAGAUGUAGUUAAAGCGGCUUGGCCAUUCCCCUCCUAAUCACUGCCCUUAAAAAUGACUUAGUUUUCUUUCUGAUUUCUUGACCUUUUCAGUUGGUAGGUAGUGGGUAUUUCACAGAUCAAACCUAGAGUUGUUUGUUGGGUUGUUUCUGCUAAGGGUAGCUUUACUCCAUCCUUUGUCCACGUUUGAAAAGUAGUGUAGCUACAAUAUUCUGCACUCAGAGUAGAACAUUGCCAUCAAAAUCUAACUAUGGGAGACCCAACUUCACGAAGGAAUCAAACCAGAAAUCGCCUACGAGCUCAACUUCGGAAGAAAAGGGAAUCUUUGGCUGAUCAGUUUGACUUCAAGAUUUAUAUAGCCUUCGUUUUCAAGGAAAAGAAGAAAAAGUCAGCACUCUUUGAAGUAGAUGAAGUGGUGCCAGUGAUGACCAACAACUAUGAAGAAAACAUCCUACGAGGUGUGCGGGACUCCAGCUACUCUCUUGAGAGUUCGAUCGAACUCCUGCAAAAGGACGUUGUGCAACUGCACGCCCCCCGAUAUCAGUCGAUGAGAAGGGAUGUGAUUGGCUGCACGCAGGCGAUGGAUUUUAUUCUUUGGCCACGUAAUGAUAUUGAGAAGAUUGUCUGUCUGCUGUUCUCCAGAUGGAAGGGGGCUGAAGAAGAACCCUUUAGGCCUGUUCAGGCCAAGUUUGAAUUUCAUCAUGGAGAUUACGAGAAGCAGUGCCUGCAUGCGUUGGGUCGUAAAGACAAGGCUGGAAUGGUCAUGAACAACCCAACUCAGUCUGUAUUUCUCUUUAUGGAUAGACAGCACUUACAGGCGCCUAAAACCAAGGCCACAGUUUUCAAGUUGUGCAGCCUCUGCCUGUACUUGCCCCAGGACCAGCUGACCUGCUGGGGUGUGGGAGACAUCGAGGAUCACCUCCGCCCAUACAUGCCUGAUUAGGGCUUCCUGCUCCACCCGCUACACAGGGAAAAGCCCUUCCUCUUCAACCUGCCUAAGCCUUCAGAAGCAAAUUGAUGUACUCAUCUCCAUCUUUUUUUCCCCUUUAGAGAUUUGAACUUGUGCUUGGAUCUUUCCGUUUCCCCACCCUUUUUUUUUUGGUUACCUACCUAUUUCCCCCUCCCUCGGGCCUGUGGCUCAUUGAAUUCCCCAACCUUAUUUUUCCCCUCUCCUCACACUCCCAUUACCCCCUCCCCUUUCUCUGCCACCAUUUUUGUUGGUUGCUCUUUUUUUCUCCCUGUUCAUUCCCUCCUCCACACUCAUCCAUUUUUGUUUAUUUGAACCUGCACGAACAUUGAUUUUGAGUGGUUGGUUGUUCUCUUGGAGCCACACUGUCAACAGCACCGGUCAUUGAAGGAACUCUUUAAGUUGCAUCAGAACAGGAACAAACAAUACCCAGGUCUUCAUGGUGGUUCUCAAAUGGACGUGUUUUAUAUCCUUGUUGUCGCAGGAAAGGAUUGUUAAAGCUUGUUUGUGAGGUUACUGAGGAGGGGUUUAGAACAACUUUACAGUCUUUUGACCAAGGACAGGUGUGAAUAGGUGUUAAUACGCCUGUAUACGCAAAGAUAAUAAGAUGAACAAUACUUGUCAAAUCAUAUGGUGUAGGAUUUGCUUCUUAUUAACUGCCUUAGGUUUUAUUUUUUCUGGACUUAAAAAAGAGAUGUUUUGGUGUCAUUUGCUUUCUUCUGAAAAACGCUAGGCAGACCUUCGCUAAAAUCUCAAGUGACUUGAAAGGCAGUUUACACAAGACAUGUUUUGGUUAGAUAUUGAGGUCAUGAUCACCUUUCACAUUACACAUGCACUAUUCAAGCUACUGAAAUCAGACAUUUUACUUUUGUUUUAUUGGGGAUGUGGGUUGGUGAGAAACUUGAUGUGUUGUAAGAAUUACUGUUUAGCACCCUAACAAAAGUAGCCUAAAGCUAACCGAUUUUACUUUAAUUUGACCUAGUAACUAAGAUAAUAUGCUGCCAUGCUCACUAAAUAAUAAUUGGGUGUUAACAGGCUUGCUUGUCAAAGAAUAAGUACAUAGUACAUUUUUUCCUUUUUUGCUCAUUGUUGAUUCAGUGUGUUCAUUUGGACGAUUAUAAUGUGUGUAACUUCUGGGUUUCUUUCUGUUGAUGAUUCUCAAAUCAAUACUGCUGAGCAUAUCCCAAUACAGUGCAAAUUCUGAAAGCAAAA